GCGGUCCAAGAUGGCGGCAAAGGUCGACUGGACUCUUGAAGACCGGCAGUGAGUGCGUCCUGCCACACACCGGCAGAGCCACCGGAGCGGGGAGAAGAGGUCGCGGUUGGAGGGUUGUGCCCAGCAGGGAAAGCACAGAGGAGCCGGGAAGAGAGAAGCCGGUGUGUCCUUGAGGAAGGAGCGGGCUGCACGGGGGACCGUCCGGGGCCAUGUUCUCCGUUUUGUCGUACGGCAGGUUGGUGGCCAGAGCCGUACUAGGCGGUCUUUCGCAGACGGACUCCCGGGACUAUAGCUUGGUGACUGCCAGUUGCGGAUUUGGCAAAGAUGCCAGGAAGGGCAUUCUCAAGAAGGGAAUGUGCUACGGGGACGACGCGUGCUUCAUCGCCCGGCACCGGACGGCGGAUGUCCUGGGUGUGGCUGAUGGAGUGGGUGGAUGGAGGGACUAUGGAGUUGACCCUUCUCAGUUUUCUGAGACCCUAAUGCGCACAUGUGAACGUUUGGUUAAAGAAGGACGGUUUGUGCCAACGAACCCUGUUGGGAUCCUGACCUCAAGUUACUGUGAGCUGCUCCAGAACAAAGUACCUUUGCUAGGAAGUAGCACUGCCUGUUUAGUCGUUCUGGAUAGAAGAAGUCAUCGUUUACACACGGCAAACUUAGGAGAUUCUGGAUUCUUAGUGGUACGAGCAGGGGAAGUAGUGCAUCGGUCAGAUGAGCAGCAGCAUUACUUUAACACUCCAUUCCAGCUCUCAAUAGCACCUCCUGAAGCAGAAGGCGUGGUACUCAGUGACAGUCCGGAUGCAGCAGACAGUAGCUCAUUUGAUGUUCAGCUCGGAGACAUUAUUCUAACAGCAACUGAUGGACUGUUUGACAAUAUGCCUGAUUAUAUGAUUCUUCAGGAGUUAAAAAAGUUGAAGAAUGCAAACUAUGAAAGUAUACAACAGACUGCACGCAGCAUUGCAGAGCAAGCCCAUGACCUGGCAUAUGAUCCCAAUUACAUGUCGCCAUUCGCACAGUUUGCAUGUGACUAUGGACUGAAUGUCAGAGGAGGAAAACCGGAUGACAUCACUGUUCUGCUGUCAAUUGUAGCUGAAUAUGCAGACUAAAUGCUUGGAACAUCUGCUAAAAGUUUCGAUUUUUUUUUUUUUUUUUUUUUUUUUUUUUUUUUUUUUCUCUACAACCUAUGAACUUGUAAUGUAUCCUGCUGGCAGGACUGCAAUUUUUCAACAGAUUUUGUCGGUCAGUUGUGAAAGAAUGCUGUCCACAUAUGACAACGUAGGACGUUAUUAAAACCACUACUGUUUAAUGGUUGAAAUCAAAUAUUUACUGCAUUGCCCAACCAGGAGCAUCAUAAGGACAUGUUUCUGUAGAAAGCGGUGCUUUUAUCAGAACCGUGGAUUUUGUUUCUGGUUACUCAUUUUGCCAAAACGCACAUAUGGAAUCCUUUAAAAAUUGAAAUUGGUUAAAAUGGGGGAAAAACUGAUUUUGUAAUCCACCGAUUACCUGUUCUGAAGUUAGUAAAUGUGGAAUUCUCCGUCAUUAUUUUGCAUCAGCGAACCUUGACUUAGAAGCCUUUUAUAUUCUGAACUGCUGUACUAUACAACACAAGGAGUUCCCUCAAAUGUCUGUUAUUUUUAAAGCUACUUAACUUAAAGCCAUGUUUAUAUGUGUUAUAUACAGAUCUGUAUAUAAUAUAUAUUUUGGGUAACAUUUUGUGACUAUGCAGUGAAAUUCUGCCUGUCGCUAAUGUUUUGGGUGUAACUUUCUUAAGUUGGUCAAUUUAAGGACUUGCUCUGUAAAGAUUGCAACUCAAAAAAAUUAUGUGACUGUGAUUUCAUUGUAUUUUAUACGCCUGUUGUGUGUAAUGUUACCUCAGAUUGUAUAUUGAAGGGGUUCUGUCAUCAGAAACAUCGUGAUAAAACCUUCUAAGGGUACUUUCACACUAGCGUUAUUCUUUUCCGGCAUUAAGUUCCGUCCUAGGGGCUCAAUACCGGAAAAGAACUGAUUAGUUUU